AUUUAGAAUCAAUACAUGAAAUAAUGGAUAUGGUAAAUAAAAACUUUAAACAAGUCGACGAUUCUCUAAUGAGAAUGCAAUUUUAAGCAAGAGCCAAAUACGCGACUGAAUUCAUCCGUUAAUUUUAUUUAGGAGAAAAAGCACAAUUUUAAAAUUCCUCUGCAGGAACUUAUAAUACAGGAGAAAAUAAUAAUAUGGGAGGAAACCAAAAAAUUAUAAAAGGUUAUUUAGAAAAGCUUAUUUUAAUAGAAGAAGAAGCUUCAAGAGAAAAAAUAAGAUUAGAAAUAUAAAGGUUUGCCUAAAUGGAUAAGAACUCAAAUGAAUAUUCAAAAGUAAACACAUAUCUUGAUGAAGUAUUUAAUGUUCCUUGGUAAAAAUAUACACCACCAUAUUGGGAUAUAAAUUAUGCUUAACAAGUAUUAAAAGAGGAAAUUUACGGUUUAUAGAAAGUUAAAGAAAGAAUAAUAUAAAUGAUUGCUAUUAAUUAAAUAAGAAACUGCUAGUUAAAAAGUAAAGGUUUUGUUCUUCUUCUUUAAGGACCUCCAGGUACAGGGAAAACUUCCAUAGCAAAAACAAUAGCAAAAGCAUUAAAGAAAGAAAGCAGAUUUAUUAGUUUUGCCGGUAUUUCUGAUAAGUCUUUUUUUAAAGGACAUAAAAGAACUUAUAUAGAUUCUUAACCAGGAAUUUUUAUUAAAGAACUUAUCAAAGCCUAGACUAUGAAUCCAGUAUUUAUUUUAGAUGAAGUUGAUAAAAUUAGUAGAUCUAAUUCAGGUGCAGAUCCUUAUUAUAGUCUUUUGGAAAUACUUAAUCCGGAAGAAAAUGGCAAUUUCUAAGAUCAUUAUCUUGAUAUAAAAGUAGACUUUUCAAAUGUUAUUUUUAUCUUAACUUCUAAUAAUCUACUUAAUAUACUCCAACCACUCAAAAAUAGAUUAGAAAUUAUCGAAAUUCCACCCUACAUAGAAGAAGAAAAAAUUUAAAUUGCCCAAAAUUAUAUUUUCCCAAAAGUUCUUUUAGAACAUGGGUUAAAACCAGAUUUUCUUCUAUAUAAUACUGAUUUUAUAUCUUAUUUAAUCAAAAAUUGGUGUUAUGAUGAGCCUGGAGUUAGAGGAUUAAAAAGAUUAUUUGAAACUAUAUGUAGAAAAUACGUAGUAACACUUGUAGAAAAAUAUGGUGAAAAAAUAAAAAAGGAAGGCGAAAUAUAUGAAUUAGAUGAAUAAAUGAUAAAAAAUAAAGAAAUAGAAAUCCUUGAUUUAAAAAAAAUAAAAGAAAUUUAAGAUAUACUACUAUAAUAUUUAGGCCCUCCAACUUUUGAUAAUGAAAAAAAUUAAAGAAUUCAUCAAAAAUUUAUGCCUGGAGCUAUAAAUAUUUUAAGUGUAGCUGGAUUUGUGGGAGAAGUCUUAAAAUUAGAAUGUGUUUUUUUCAACGAUUUUUCUGAUAAAGAAACAAAGGGAGUUUUUACAGCUACAGGUAAUAUUUAAUAGGUCCUAUAGGAAUCUUUAAAAAUCGCAAAAAUAAAUGCUUUUUAAUACUUGAAUGAGGAAUAGUAAAAAAGUCUUGAGAAAAAUAAUAUUCAUGUUCAUUUCUUAAAUGCAGCUACUCCUAAAGAUGGUCCUUCAGCUGGUACUGCUAUUUGUACUUCAAUUAUUUCACUCAUUUCAGGAUUUUAAAUACCAGCUACUUUAGCUAUGACAGGAGAAUUAGGAUUACUAGGCGAUGUUUGUAAAAUCGGGGGACUUUAGGCUAAAAUUAUUGGAGCGAAAAGUGUUGGUAUUGAUUAAAUUAUAAGUCCUUAUGCAAAUAUUAACGAUUGUAUGGAAUUUCCCAAAGAACUUUUGGAAGACAUUAGUAUUUAUUUUGUUAAAGAAUAUAAAUAAAUUUAUUAAAUUGUUUUCUAAAAUAAUUCUGAUGGAAUUAUAACUUUAAAAAACGGAGAUUUUGUUAACAAUAUAAUAAGUUAUAAUGCUAAUAAUUUAGAUAAAUCAUAAUAAUAAAAUAUUUCUUAUUGA